UCGUGUUUUAGUGAAUACUUGUGCUCACAUGAAAAUGGAGGAUUCGGUGAAAGCUGGAUCAUGUCUUGGUACCUCGUGCGUCGUGUGCGGCGUCGACAAAGAUGCGAUUGGUGAUCCAUCCGGUGGCUGUGUCGAGUUCGUCUUGAAAUAUUGUCAAAAAUCGGCGGGUGAUUAUCUGGAUGCCAAUGGGAUUGUACUACUUUCGGGUUGUGGGCUGUGUAAAGCGUGCUUCACGCUUAUCAGCCAAUGUGACUUGUUGAGUUUUGAGUUGGGAGUUGCGCUUGACGCCCUAAGAGAGAGAAGUGACGUCACCCGAACUGUGUUGAACUCAGCCGACAAUUCCUUCAGUGGAGACAUUCUUGGACAAUGUACGACCGAAAUUAGCUUUUUUUCGAGAGAUCAUUCAAAGGAGCUUUCCGAGCAGUGUAUCACGAAUCUGGCUGAUGAGGGUGUUUCGCGGGACCCGCUUAACGUCGAUGAAGAUUUGUGGAAAAUCAGGAAAAAUAACAGCAAUUUGCAGCGAAAAGCCAAACAGAAGAUCGAAAAUGUUCAUGACAAAGAAUUGCUUCCUUGCGAAUUUUGUCAUCGAAAAUUUUUCACGAAAAGCGCGAGAACGCGUCAUGUGGCGAAAGCUCAUCCCGAAAACUACCCCAGACUUCCUAGUGAUAUAAUUUGUGACUGCUGUGGAAAAAUUUUCAGGACCAAAGUUGCCAUACAGGUUCACAGGAAGGAGAGGCGCUAUGAUUAUGGCGGAGUUUGUGAUGUUUGUGGAGUGCGCACGGUGGACGUCAAGAGACACACGGAAAUGUCGCACGGAACAGGCUUAAAAUGCAGGCUGUGUCCAGAAAUAUUUCGUAAUUUCCAUGAACGGAAAGUGCACAUGAUCGACUCUCAUGGCGUGGGCUCGAGACAGAAACGCACCAUGUACAGCUGUUCUGAGUGCACAUUUUCGUCUGAUAGUCGCCCGAAAUAUCUUCAGCAUCAAGCAUCAAAGCAUGGUCACUUACCAUCUGAAUCAGACACUUUCCGAUGCAUUGUGUGCGAGAAAGCGUUUUAUUCUCGUGCCGCCCUGAGGGAUCAUACAAAUGGUCACAUGGGCAUUAAUCCGUAUAAAUGCCUGGGUUGCAACUAUUCCUCACACACGGAAAACAAUUUGCGGAUUCAUGUUAAACAGGUUCACAAAAUGACGCUGGGGAAAAUGAAGGAGAAAAACCGUGCCCUUAAAGGUAACAAUGGGAAUGAAACUUCCCCGGUGCUUCCUGGUAAAACCGUGAGAUUUUUUGUGAUAACGAAGCUUUUGGAGAAGAAUGGAAACCCGUAUACGGUUCUCCGAAAUGCAGAAACGAUUCAGCUCGCUUCGGAAAGUUUAGCGUUCCUCCCGACUCAUGCGUAUGUGUCUAAUAUGAACUUCAGUGCGUGUGUGAAAGUUGAAUCCCUGCCUGCGGGAGUGUGUUUGGUGUGUGGCGGUGAGGCGAGUGUGAGCUGCAACGAUGUUCUAUCGAGUUCGCAGCGGUCCGUCCGACAAUUUUUCCGAGAGCACACCGACGUCAUGCUCGUGGAAGUGACGCUGGAUGCGACUAUUUGCUUGUGGUGCUUUGAACUGCUCGGAGAAUGCGAUCGGCUUUACACAAAGUUUGAUGCCAAACUCAACGAAGUGAAGAAGAAACAUUUGGAUUACCAAUCCGGCGCUGCUCUCAUAGUGAAAGGUGACGUGGAGGUCCAGAUUACAGAAACUUUCCAGAAAGAAGAAGAGAAUACCGAUGGUGCGAGUUCAUCGCAGCGUCGGAAACGCGGGAGACCGAAACGUUUCAAGGAGUUACCGGAGGCUGAAGAAGUUCCACUGUCCCGAAAGCGAGGGCCGCGCAGAACCGUCAAGAAAGCGCCAAAACAAGAAGUAUCCGCCGACGAAUACGACGAAAAUGAUUCCUUGUCGGACUCUUCCAGCGACCCAGUGGCAUCUUUUCAAGACGCCAUUACUUUACCCAACUCCGCGGGUUCGUUCCCGUGUUCCCACUGCGUCUUCGAGUCGACGACCAUGCAAGGGCUCAAAGUGCACGCCGCCGCCCAGCACCCAAAGGCGCCCGUCGGGUGCAGGAUUUGUGGCAACGAGUUUCCGUCGCGGAAUGAGCGGAAUAAGCACGAAAAGGAGUUUCAUCCAGGGGCGUCCGUGCCGAAGGCGUCGCUCUUCUGCGAUUGCUGCGGCAAAACCUUCAAAUCCGUCGGUUCUCUCAAAAUACACAGGGGUGAAUAUCGGUACGACUACAGUGGAAUCUGCGAGAUUUGCGGAGAACAUGCGAAGAACGUCAAGGUGCACAUGUCGUCAAAGCACAGGGGACCAUUGAAAUGCUCCAUCUGUCACGUGACAUGCACGAAUUAUUCUUCACGUCGAACCCACAUGCUGCGUGAACACGGGGUCGGCAAAGCGAAGCUUCGCUCCAAAUACAACUGCCCCGAGUGCCCGAAGGACUUCUGGUCUAAGCCAAAAAUGAUCCGGCAUCGCGUCAUGCGCCACAACUUCCGACCCGACCCCGAAUUCAUCUUCACCUGCGAGUUUUGUCAGAAGGAGUUCUACUGCAAAGACACGUGGCGGGAGCACGUGAAUGGACACCUCGGCAUCACUCCGUAUCAUUGCCCGCUGUGUUCCUACGCGACCAACAUUGACAGCAACCUUCAUAUCCACAUGCGACAAGUACACAAGGUCCGACUCAGCGUGGCCAAGGCUGCCGUGAAGCGCGAACAGUCUACUGCGGCAGCAGAAGCACCGGGAAGUGACGGGAACAAUACGGAUCCCCGAAAUUCCUUGGGUUCCCCGUUUCCGAAGAGUCAACGCAAACAGUCGAGCGGGCCGAUCGAAUCGCCAGCCGAGAACUUCGGCUUGCGUUUUGGGAUGUUAACCAAACCGCCUUCACAUCCGCCACACGUGGCGGCUGUGAAGGCGGCUGUUAAUGUAAAUGGCGGAAUUACCUUGGAAGACCUGGAGGCAACCCUUGGAAUUAAUGCCACGGAUAUUAAAAUGACGGAAGAUACGUGUGAUGCGGACUACGUAACUGUUCGGUUUCUAGAAACUGUGCUUCCGAGAUCGGCUAAAACGAGUAUGGUGGUCAACGAUUUCACGACUUCGAAAGGGUGCGCUAACAAUGACGGGUUCCUCAGUACCCUGCAUGCGUGCACUGUGGAUGCCAUUGUUGACGGGACAGCGAAGAAGUAUGAGCUCAUGCUGAAGAAGCUUCCCAAGGAUGCGAAGACGAGAGAAUUCCUAAUCAAAACUGGCUGGCACGAGCAUGAGAUCCGGUUUUAUUCCCAGGUCGCGCCGAAGAUGCAGCAAUUCGUUCAGGAGUAUGCCAAAAAUGUUUACAGAUUGCCCGUUCCAGAAUUUUACGGAAUAUGCAACGUAGAGGGGGAAGACGAUUCCGUUAUUGUGAUGGGGAACUUGAAGAAAGCGGAUCCUGCGUGGACGAGCAUUUCUUUAAAGGAUGGCAUUGAUCAAGAAACCUUCCCAAUUGUCUGCUCAUCUUUGGCGAAAAUUCACGCAGUUCCGUUGGCGAUGAGAGCAAAUGUGGGGGCUGAGUCUGUCAGUGAUGUUAUUCCUGCCUGGAAGUCCCUCAGCUUUGGACCCUCUGUUCUGGAUGACUUGUUGAACAACGGAUUUCGUGAUCUCAAAGCAUUUCUGAAGCAACAGAGACCCGACUGGACCCCCGACGGCAAAGACUGGAAAAAUUUGGUUUCUUUAGCGAAGUUCGGUUUAGAGAACGCCGAUUUACCAUUGCGACUGGAAACCGUUUGUCAUGCGGAUGUCUGGAACGGAAAUCUUCUGUUCCGGGGUUCGUCGAAAUCUGGGAAACCGGAUGAUUGUGUCAUGCUUGACUGGCAAAUGGCUUCUGCAAAGUCACCUGCAGUGGACAUAUGCAAUGUUUUAUUCUUUUGCACGCGAUUCACUUCGGAGCAGGAUUUGCAACUUCGUUUGCAUGAAUACUGGGAUAUCCUGGCUGAUGCGUUGAUGAAUUUUAAUGUUAAUCUUGAAAAAGACCUGCAGUACUCUUGGAGCGACUUCGUGCACGACUUCCCGGUGUCCCAAGCGUAUGCAGUAGUGAAUUGGUCUUGCUCAAUGGAUAUGAUGUUCUCCUACUCUGGUGAAGAAAUGACGAAACGCAUUCUGUCGUGGUACGACUACUUCUCUCACAAGGAUUGGACCGGAUUUUUGAACGAAUGGAUGUAUUCAGUUUGAAAUGUUUCUUUAAGAAGAGAUGCGCUUCACCUCUUUGCUUUGUUCAAAGGCGAGUUUCUGGGUGUUCAAACGAGGGAGAAGCCGCAGGCACAAAAUUACGUGUUGUUGAUACGCUAAAUAGCUUCCCUCAGAAAUGGGAUAAAAAAAAGCAUGCAAUGACGGUGAGCUUUCAUUUUGUGUAUGGAAAGAUUGUGAAUAUUUUUUUGGAUUGUUGAUUCCAAGGAGGACCAAGCUUUCAUUGUUUGAAAGACGUUCGUUUUCAUCUCCCAUUUUCUUCUCACGAUUUUGUUUGUGAGGGACGGGACUUUCGAUUAACCCUGCUUUUCCUGUGCGAAACGUUUGUCAUUUUGUGAGCUUCGAGACAGAAAAAGAACUGAGGUUAUUUUCUGAAUCGCUGAGAUUCAAAAAAGAUUUUGCGAAAAGAAUUGAUCUUUUUGUUUCCUGCAAGUGUCGCCUCAUUCUCAAAACUUCGCAAAAAUAAUCCACGCGGACCUAAAUUAAACGUAAAAAAAAAGCAAACUGGAU